CCCUAGAGGAGGAAGAACUGGGACAAAUGGGAUAAGUUUUUGUUGGUGGUGUUCCUGCAUUUAUUGAUUUGCUUUAACUUUGCCAAACAACAGCUGCUUCAAACUCUGCUUUUUUUUUUCCCCUCUCCUCCAUUGAGUAAGCAACUUUGGAAAUGCCUGUUUUCCUGGCGUGCUUUAUUUACAAACCCCAGACACCAGCUCAUGCAUUAUUAAGGAGUGGAGGCAGCCUGCCCUGAGCCCUGGCCAGGAAGGACAGCUAGCAGGGGACACAGUCGGGUGUUCUCAGAGUCUAUCUUCUAGAAUUUUCAUGUAACUCCUUCCUCAAACUGAUCACCAUCCAACAGAAAAAUAUUCUUUAAACAAAGUCCCUUACUAAAAGAACAUGGCCCAGGGCGGGAAAGGCCUCAAGGGCAAGAAGAUCACCUUCAAUGUGGCCAAGAAUUGUAUCAGAAUUACUUUCGAUGGGAAAAGACGCCUUGAUCUGAGCAAAAUGGGAAUUACCACCUUCCCAAGGAGCAUUCUGCGACUCAAUGAUGUUGAAGAGCUUGAUCUUAGCCGGAACAUGAUCAGGAGGAUCCCUGAAUCUAUUUCCAAGUUCCAGAACCUGCGUUGGCUGGACCUGCACAGCAACUACAUCGAUAAGCUCCCUGAGUCCAUUGGCCAGAUGACCACCUUGCUCUACCUCAACAUCAGCAACAACAAGCUAACCACCAAUGGACUGCCUGUGGAGCUGAAUCAACUCAAGAACAUCCGUACUGUCAAUCUGGGUUUGAACCACCUAGACAGUGUACCCACCACACUGGGUGCUCUGAAGGAGCUCCAUGAAGUGGGGCUCAAUGACAACCUGCUCAAAACUAUUCCAGCAAGCAUCUCCAAGCUCCCCAAGCUGAAAAAGCUCAACACAAAGAGAAACCCUUUUCCAGAGACUGAGCCAUCAACCACAUUCAUCGAUUCCAUCAAAAGGAUAGAGAACCUGUAUCUGGUGGAGGCGAAGGAUCUGUGUGGGCCUUGCCUGCGAAAAUGCCAAAUGGCUCGGGAAAAUCUGAAUAAAAUGAAGAGCAUGGUUUUGCCGGGACCCAGAAAAGCCAUCUUCCCCACUUUGGUCUCACCCAACUCCAUGGCCAAGGAUUCCAAGGAAGACUGGAGGUGACCUGGGACCCUGACCCUGAGGCAGGAGAGGAAAAGGUUGCGCGUAUCUUCCUGGAGUAACUUACGGCAAAAAAAUGAAGAGUAAUCAGCUAACGGGAGUAAACGACUCGGAAGAGGAGAAGCCCUGAGUUAGGAGAAGACAAGGAGUGGCACAGGGAACAUUCUGGACGCCAGGCUCUCUGGUGCUGCCCAAGCCACUGACUUGCCUAAUGAAUAUCCACUUUGCCUACCUUCCUUUAGGAAAUGUGUGAGAAGGUGUGAAAAUGACUUGGGAAAAUAUUCAAAAUAUUUUUUUAAAUGUAGAAGAAACAUUUAAGAAAACUAUUAAUGUCUUAUAGACAAAUAAAGACAAAAAAUGAUGUUAAGACUUUAAAGGCUUACAAUCCAACAUUUCACUCAACUGGUACAAUUUCACACCA